AUGGCCGAGGACGACUUCUGUGUCCUGAGCACCCUUGGGGCCGGCAGCUUCUCUGUCGUCGUGCUGGCCCGCCAUCGUCACAGCGGCAGAAAAGUUGUCAUCAAGAAGAUGAAGAUGCUGGGGCAGACAGGCCUGGAGAUGGCGCAUCACGAGUGCAACGUCAUGCGAGGUCUGAGCCACCCCAACAUCUUGCCCCUGCUGGGCACCAUAGAGAGGGCAUUCCAACUGCAGCUGGUCAUGCCCUACGUGAGGGGGGGAGACCUGCGGGACUAUCUCUGCCGCAAGGGCCCCAUGAGGGAGGAGGAGGCCAGAAGGGUGUUCCGCCAGUUGGCCUCGGCUAUGGAAUAUUGCCACGCCAAAGGAAUCGCUCACAGGGACCUGAAACCUGAGAAUAUUCUCGUGCAAAGCCUGAACCGGGUCAAGAUCACGGACUUUGGCCUGAGUGGCAAUUUUCUUCAGCAGUCCAUGGACAGCCUGCAGGGCACCUUGGGCUACAUGGCGCCCGAGAUAGUGACGGGGGGCACCUACGGCCCCGGGGUGGACAUCUGGAGCCUGGGGGAGCGAAUUGGCUGGCCAGAGAUCCUGAGCCACCCAUGGGUGACCCAGGGCAUGGGGCCCAUGGAAGCCUACAGGGAACCCACCUCCUCCGAUGAGCCAGCCCCAGCUGAGCAGUCCAUUCCUUCCAGCCUGCUGCCAAGUGGAGGCCGAGAGCUGAGAGAGAGAUGCUCCCUGCAUCCCGCUGAGGCCAGGGCCCCUGCUGCCUCUGAACUGUCUGCUGCUGAAGACCCCGCUGCCCCAUAG